GGGGCAAAGGCGGGAAAGGAUUUAAGGGGCUGCGAGGGAGCCUUGGAGCUUCCAGCCAGGAGAGCAAGGCAGGAGGGCUGCGGCUGGGCAUUAAAGGGGCCAAGAGGGUGCCUUCCUCCUCCUCCUCCUCUUCCUCCUCGCCAUGACUGAAAUCACCGAAAAGGAGAACGACCCCCAGCAGCACAACCCCGACCCCCAGCAGACCCCCAGCACCGGUGGUCCCAGCCUCCAGGAGACCAAGCUGCAGCGUUUCAAGCGCUCUCUCUCACUCAAAACCAUCCUACGGAGCAAGAGUGUCGAGAACUUUUUCUUGCGCUCCAACAGUGAGUUCAAGCUGCCCACAGAUGUGCUGCUUAGCCCCCCAGAUUCUGUGCCACCCCCGUCUCCCCCACCGGUGCCCACCGAAGCAGAGCGCUCUCCCCGAGCAAUUCAGAGGUCUCUGGCACCCCUCAAGCCCAUGAAAACCCACAGCUUCCAGGAGCACAUCUUCAAGAAACACAACCCUUGUGAAAUUUGCCAUCAGCUUAUUGUAGGAAACUCAAAGCAAGGCCUGCGAUGCAAGACAUGCAAAGUUAGUGUGCAUUUGUGGUGUUCAGAAGAAGUUUCUCAUCAGCAGUGCCCAGGAAAGGCACAAGCAACAUCUUUCCGACGUAAUCUCAGCUCCCCUAUGCUGCUGCAUGAUCCACAGCCACAGCCAGUCACCACCACUACCACCACCACUACCACCAGUGCUACCACUGCCACUGCUUCAACCCCCCCGAAGGAGUCUCCUCCUGCAGCAGGGACCAGCGGAAAGGUGGACCCCAUUUAUGAGACUCUGCGCUAUGGCACUUCACUGGCUUACAUGAAUCGUUCCAGUUUCAGCAGCACCUCAGAGUCCCCCACCAGGAGUCUGAAUGAAAAGGAUGAGGGGGCUGAGGACACAGAAGCUUCUGGCCAAUCAGCAGAGGAAACCCAAGCUGAUAAUGUUUUCUCAGAACCAGCAGAGAAUGAGGGCACUGCAUCAGAAGAAAAGAGCCCAGAACAGCAGUCAGCUCGAGGCUCUACACGCAAGGAGAUUUCACCCAUGUAUUCAUAUGUAGCUCUCUACAAGUUUUUGCCUCAGGAGAACAAUGACCUACCCCUGAAGCCUGGUGAUCGAAUCAUGCUGGUGGAUGAUUCCAAUGAGGACUGGUGGAAGGGGAAGAUGGGCGACCGCAUAGGCUUCUUCCCAGCCAAUUUUGUACAGCGGGUUCGUCCAGGUGAAACAGUCUGGAGAUGCGCCAGGACCUUCUAUGGCAAUAAGGAGCAUGGACAGCUGAGCCUUAAGGAAAACCAGAUCUGUGUUGGUGUGGGGAAGACCAAGGAGAAUGAGGGUUUCAUCAAGGUGACAAGUGGCAAAAAACGGGGGCUGGUGCCUGCAGAUGCCCUAACAGAAAUCUGAAGACAGAACAAGACUGCAAAGCAAGAUGGAAAAGUUUUACAAGCAAUGUCUACAGACAAAGGCAGCCCUGCCUGACUCCAGCCCAUCCCAUCCCUGUGUUCCUGGCUAAUCACUCUUUUAUGGAAUCUUCUGGAUGGAUUGAGAAUGGCUUUGUUUUGGAAGAUGGUAGAAGGUUGAGGGGAUCGGCUUGAGUGCCACUUAAGGCAUGGCCCUCCGGCUUUAGCCUAGCUGGGACUGGAAAUUUGCCUCCGGUGUGACUUUUUUGUUGGUUUGUUGGCUUCCCAUUGCACCUCAGGAGUUUUUUCAAAGGGUGCCACUGACAUCUCUGUGACAUAGAGUGCAUGGAAGAUUUCCACAGUUGUGGUUCACCCCCCUUCUUUCCUUGUCUUUGGGCCACACUUCCACAGCAGCAAAUGCCGGUUGUUGUCAACCAGCCUUACCCUACAGGGCUCUUUAUAUCUUGGCAUAAUGCUUCUUCCCCACCUACCCCUUAGUAAUAAUUCUGUGUCGCAUGCAUACGACUUGUGGCAUUACAAAGGCCUUUUCUGGCCAAGAUGCCACGUCGGUGUGUUGUGCCCGUCUGUCCGUGCGUCUGUGUGUGCGUGUGUGUGUUUGACUGUUGCUCAGGGUUGAUACAGCCCCCUGUCUAAAAUCAAAAAGAGGCAGGAAAAUUCUGUGUGGUCUCUCAUUGGUCAGGGACCAAGAAGUCUUACUAUGGAGCCUAUUCCACAAUUUGCUCCAGGGAGGCUAAUUGCUUUUGCAUUUCAUUAUUUUCCCUUCUCCUUGAUAUGAAAUGCUGCCUCCAUUUCUGGCUCCUGGGGUGUUUUCUUGAUGUCCAUUUGCCCCUCCAGCCUGUGGCAGCUCCUCCCAUCACAUGGCUGGCAGCAGUGUGGACCAUUUCUCAGGGACCUUCCUCAGCCAGAUGGAUUUUGGGAGUGAAGCUGAGAAUGUUAAUGCACUGCUCAAAGGAAAAGUUCAGAGACCUUCAGCGUCCCAUUUUUCCUCACUCUGCCAGCAUGCUUCCAGCUAUGUUUCAUCUAUAGAUGUACUUUUGUAAAGUAAAAAAGAAACAAACAAGAUUUCAUUCAAUCCCAUCUCUUGGAGAGAGCAUUGAUGUCUGAGCAUUAGCAGCAUGACUGAGCUGCUGUUUUCCUCUCUGGGUUGGAUGGUUAAGAAGGGGACAUGUUUGCUGAAUCCCUUGCCAUGGGAACAUAGCAGCCUUGAUAGAUCAAACCAACAGCACUUCUAACCCAGUCUUCUGCUCUCAUAACGGUCAACCAAUUGUCCCUGGGAAAUCCCACAGAUAUGAGCGCAAGAGCACCCUUCCAUUUUAUACACAGACCAGCCAGUGGAAAAAGCACUUGCAUGUGUAAAAUGAUCAUGCAUGAAAUGAAUUCAAAAUGUCUGCUGGGCCACUCACAUUUAACACACCAGUAAUCAAUGGCAGAGGCCACUGAUAGUAGUUAUGUGUAUGAUCCAGUGUACGUGGUAAGUAGCGUCAGAUAGGAUGGUAUGCAUGAAACAUUAAAUAAGCACCUUAUUUGUGGCUCAUAUAAUGCAAAGGUCAAUCCUGAGAGAGCACUUUCUCUUUACUUUUACAAAUGGCCUCAUCUUUAUAGUAGCUUAGCAAUAGAUAUUUUCUUUGCUUCCAGGAACCAAAGGAUGGAUCAAAAAACCCUCUUUCCGGUGUUUGAUCCAUCAAACAGCCCCAAAGAGAGCUAAAAGGACAUUACAAGUUCUGAAGCUCUGAAGGAUAAUUUAUCAGUGAGUUAAAAAAAGAUUUUCACACUUAUGUGAGCAUCUUUCCCAUUUUGGAAUCAUCCUAAGUGGCAAAGCAGGAAAGGUUCAAAUGUCGUUCACUGCGUUUCACAUUGGAUUGUUGCUUUUAGGAUUUCCAUAACACUUUUGGAAUGCACUUUAAAAUGGCUGUAUUUUGAUCUGCAAAAAGCAAACAAAGGGAUAUAAGUUGCCAAAAGACAUAUGCUGCAUCUGUAGUGAAGGUAUGUGAGCUAGAGUCUCUGUCAUCCGUGAUUCUACUGUCCAGCUGAUAUAUUAAAUGGACACCAUUUUAAAAAAGGUUUGGAUCUCUUUGUUGAUCCAGUUGUAGCAUUAUCACCUAUUUCUGCCACUUCCUUUAGCAAAAGCCCAAAGCUUGGCGUUAUUUUUGUUUUGGACUUCAGUUCCCAGAAUCCCCAUUUGUACAUCUGCAGCAUUUUCUAUAGUGAUAGGCUUGCAGAGGAAUCAUUUCCAUCCACAAGUUCACCUGAAUUCCUAGGAUGUAUUGCAAAAUUCAUAUUGCAUUCGUCAAGGAACCUCAGAGAUGGUUCAUUUGACCUGUUUCUCACAUCCAUCUUUAUCACUGGACUUUUGCAGCAUUGAGUGAUGACUUGCGAAUGUGAAUGGGCCUCCAGAGAUUUAAUUUCACAGUAAAACUUUUGUAUCAUCUUAAAGGCAAUGCUUUUCAACUGAGUCAGUUCACACUUUCAGCCAGCAGUAAUCAAGUGUAAUGAAAGUAAAUGAUGUAUAUGCAUUUUUAAAUUAGCCCCUAGCUCAACAGAUUUAUUCACUGCGCUGUGAUUGCUUAAAGGGAUAAAAAACAGAACAUAGUGUAAGGACUUCAAAUGCCUGUGCUACCAACUGUUAGCUAUUGAGGCAGGAGGAAGCAUGGUAAAACUUGACAGACAACUGUAGGAUGCUUGAGGAAAUCUACUGAUAUAACAUUGUAGCUGCAUAGGUUCACUUAUGAAAGUGAUUGCUUCUACCCUUAGCCAGAAUUCUUUUGGUAGUAACUAGAGUAACUCCACUGAAUCCAUUGUUGAGCAGUGAGUCAACUAUCAAUAGAAAUUAGGUCCAGAGCAUCAGAAUGUUUCACCAGUACAGUUGGUCCUCCAUAUUCACAUAUUCCUUAUCCACAGAUUCAACCAUCCACAGUUUGAAAAUACAGUGCACCCACAUUUUACGUGGGCGCAGCAUAUGUGGCUUUUAGCAUAUGCUGAAAGCCGUGACAGAAAAGCCCCUUGCAUGCCCCGGAAGAAGUAAUGGGGUGAGUGCCCGCCACCACACUGCUGUGCACCGCGGGUGUGAGCCCCAUUACUUCUAAUGGGGCUCCAGCACACUCGGAUUUCCCCUUACGCAGAAGGAUCCAGAACAGAUCCUUGCAUAAGGAGAGGGCCCACUAUAUAUAGAAAUUCCCAAAGGCAAACAUUGGCAUUUUAUAUGAGGGACAGCAUUUUACAAAGCGAUUGUAUUAAUGUGGUUUGAGCAUCCAUGGAUUUUGGUAUCCAUGGGGUUCCUGGAACCAAACUCAGCAAAUUCCAAGGAUCCACUGUAUUAUUUAUUUUUGAAAGGGGUGUGUGUUCCAUACUGAUGAUGUCAACUCAAAAGAUCAGAGUAAUACGCACAUGUUUUCAAGAUCUCAAAAACUUGCAUACUUUUUUGGGGUGAGAGUGUCCUUUUGUCUCAUCCAGUGAAGGUUUUCCUUUAUUAUUGAUCAGGGCCAGGGCCAUGAAUAGCUUACCACCAUUCAGUAUUUAAGGAGGAGAAAUAAAUUGGUAACAUUCUGUUGCUUAUUUCAACCAAACCAUCCAUUUCCUACAGUAAAAUAGAAUUAUGCUUGGGCAGACCAAAAAUUUAGAAAGCUUACUAGGGAUAUGGGGAGUGGGUUGCUUUGUUUUACAAAUUUUGCCUUGACUCCUGUUGGUUUGUUUCAGCGAGAGCAGACCCACUGAAUCAAUGAUUGAAUUGUGAGUCAAUACAUAGGUACGUCCAAUUGAUUCAGUGGAUUUACUCCAGUGAGGAGUAACAACAGGAUUUAGGCCAUUGCUAAACACCCUAAAUGCACCAGGUCCUGUCUGAUCUUGGAAGCUAAGCAGCGUCAGCCCUGGUUAGUACUUGCAUGCCAGUGAGUUCUCCAACUAUCAUCAGAUUUGAAGUUGAAGGCUUUCAUGGCCAACAUACAUAGUUGUUUGUGGGUUUUUCAGGCUAUGUGGCCAUGUUCUA